AUGGCUGAAGAAGAGGAUAUAGAGUUACUGGAACAAAUGCUCUUAGCUGAAGAAGCAGGGGAGCAAAAGAGCAAACCAAAAGAAUGCAGAGAAUCACUCGUUAGACCACAGAAAAACACAUAUUUGGAUGACAGUUCAGACGAAGAAGAAAAUAAGGAAUUGUACAGUAAAUAUAAUGAUUAUGGACGUGACAUCAACAAGAAGUUGAAGGAAGCAGAAGAAGUGAAAAAGUUUAAUUCAAUUAAAAUGACAAAUGAAUCGCCAGCGAAUGGAAUGUUUAAAAGUUUACAGCCGUCACUUCCAGCAACAUCCUUAUCACUUACUAGACCAAUUUCAAAUAGUACACCUACUAAUGGAUUAACAAGCAAGGAAACAGUCUUCUGUGAUCCAAUAUUCGGUAUUAAAAUCAUUAAUCCAGCAAUUUCAAGUAUAGUCAUGAAGGAACGAAUGACAGGUAAAAUGCCAGUUGGCGUUCAAAGAGCUAGAUUCCAUACAGAACGGGGAGAUAGAUCACAAGAUUGGGUAUUAGCUGGUGUAAUUGUUGGCAAAGCACCAGUAAAAACAACGCAAAAAGGUGAUCAGUUCUCAAUUUGGACGAUUUCUGAUCUUCGUGGUGAAAUUAAGUUGGUCACGUUGUUCCUGUUUCGAGCAGCACAUAGAGAAUUGUGGAAAAAUAACUUAGGAACUGUUAUUGCCAUUCUUAAUCCGCAGAUACUUGAACGAAAAGAUGAUAAAGUUGAGGCUGUCUUGUCAGUAUCUGACAAUAAAGCAGUGAUGAUUUUAGGACAGUCAAAGGAUUUAGGACAUUGCAAGUCUAAGAAGAAUAAUGGAGAUAUUUGUGGUGCAAUAGUUAAUAAAUCUGACUGUGAUGUCUGCAUAUUCCACAUGAAAAAGGAAUACGGAAAGUUUAAAAGAUCCGAGCUUCAAUCUGAUGGACUUGGUCGUGGCUUACAAGACUUAAGAAACAAAGUUUUGGGAAAAAGUGAAGUUUUCUAUGCUGGACAGUCUUUUCAAGCACAAAAAGCUAAAAAGCCAGUCAAACAAAUGCUUAAAGAUAAAGACAGGCUGACAACAUUGUCAGAAUAUUAUUCAGUUCCUUAUAAUAGUGAGGCACCAAUCACAUCAGGAACAAUUCAUGCUAGACAAAUGAGUCAUGCUCCAAAUGGCAUGCAAAGUGAUUCACCAGCAGCUAUGGCUGUAAAACGUGCAGCAUCACUUGAUUUAACUGGUUCUCAAAGAAAAAAGGACAUUGAACGAUUAAAGAUGUUGCAAGGAACAGAUUCACCGCAAUUAUUGUUGACCCCUAAAUUUGAAAAGGAGAAACAAAGCUUGUAUCCUAAACAAUCUCCAAAAGUUGAGGAACAACCAAAAAAGGAUCCAAACUUUGUCCCUAAACUGUCUGGCGAGAAUCUCACUUUCUCAUUUUCAGUUCCGAAGACUAAGAAUGACGUAGCAAAGCAAAAAGCACUUCAAGUGCUUAAAAAGAAGCCUUUAGAGACAUCAAAUCCAAAUCUCAUAAAAUAUAGAGGAACUGACGCUGGCAAAAAGAGAAUUGCUGACGAACUCAACACGUCACUAGAAAAUGAUCCAAAAAAAGCAAAAUUAGCUGUGGACGAUGAGGCACAGAAGAAGAAAGACUUUAUCAACAGAAUGAUGAAUGCUAAAUCAGCACAUGGAGACUUAGCUGAAAAUCUGGAACGAGAGAAGCAACAAAAAUGUAUGGAUCGACUUGAAAAGAAGGAAGCUAUGGAGGAACGAAUGGCAAAUACGAUGGAAAUGAAGUGUAAAGCAGUGAUAUGCAGGAAAUGCAAAUACAUCUACUUCUCAGCGAGUGAAAUGUGUAAGGAACAACGACACGAGCUUAAAGUAGUUGAUGCCACAAAGCGAUUCUAUCAAUGCAGUGACUGUAAAAAGCGAACCAUCACAUUAUUCAGGAUUCCACGAGAUCCAUGCAGAAAUUGCAAUUCUAUGAAUUGGAAAAGAACUGGAAUGCUUGCAGAACGUAUUGCUUAUCUUGGCGAGCAGCUUAGUAUUCGUGGGGAUGAAGAAAUGUUUGUUGGAAGUGCAUCAAGGGCUAAUGUUAAUUUAUUGGUUCCAGAAAGUGAAAAAUAA